AUGACCCCACAUGUGCCUCUGAAAAUUGUUAUCUCUCUCUCUCUCUCUCUCAGAGCUGCCAUUAAUUGUAAACCAGCGUUGCGUUGGGUUUUUCAAUUUCUCUUAAGCCCCGCAGGCUUAGGCUGGCUUUAUGGCAAAUGGGUCUCGCGUGGACAUUGCUUUCAGCACUUCUCUUAGUUUUAACGCAACGAGUGACUCCUUCGUGCUCUUUUCUUUAAUCGCUACUAUGAGUGGUUUUUGGUUUUGGUCCCUUCUUCCCCAUUGGUGUUUGGAUUUUGGAAUCUUCUAGGUGAAUUUUAGAGGCUGAAAAUCAAGGGGUUUGCUUCAGUUUCUGCUCAUACAAACUUCUUAGAGAAACCACCAAGUGGAAAGAUGGCUUGCGUGAAGCUAGGAUCCAAAAAUGAUGCAUUCCAGAAACAAGGACAGGCCUGGUUCUGCACUAGUGGACUGCCUAGUGAUAUUAUUGUUGAAGUUGGAGAGAUGUCAUUCCACCUACACAAGUUCCCUCUGCUAUCGAGAAGUGGGGUUAUGGAAAAAAUGGUUGCUGAAGCACCUGAAGAACAAGAGGAACGAGGUGUAAUAAAGAUUCCUGACAUUCCUGGGGGUGCCAAAACAUUUGAAAUGGUUGCCAAGUUCUGCUACGGGGUGAAACUUGAACUUACAGCCUCCAAUGUUGUCUACCUCCGCUGUGCAGCUGAGUGCCUAGAAAUGACUGAGGAGUAUGGGGAGGGUAAUCUUAUUUGUCAGACUGAGGCCUUCCUGAAUCAAGUUGUCCUCAAAAGCUGGAAGGACUCUUUGAUAGCACUACAGACCUGUGAUGAUAUUCUCCCUUAUGCAGAUGAACUCCAGAUUACUAAAAGAUGUAUUGAGUCACUAGCUAUUAAAGCAUCCACUGACCCAAGUUUAUUUGGGUGGCCAAUUGUAGAGCAUGGAGGACCCAUGCAAAGUCCAGGUGGCAGUGUUUUGUGGAAUGGCAUAAGUACAGGAGCUAGGCCAAAAAAUUCAAGUCUGGAUUGGUGGUAUGAGGAUGCGGCGACCUUGAGCUUACCUCUUUACAAGAGGCUAAUUUCUGUCAUGGAAUCACGCGGUAUCAAACAGGAAAUUAUUGCAGGGUCUGUCACUUCCUAUGCUAAAAGGUACAUUCCCGGUCUAAAUCGGCGUCAAGGUUCUAGUGAAUCGAGUAGCCGAUUGGCACCAGUGGCUUUGGGGACCCCACCCUCAGAAGAUGAACAGAAACUUUUACUGGAAGAGAUUGAUAGGAUGCUUCCAAUGCAGAAGAGCCUGGUUCCAACUAAGUUACUUUUUGGUUUAUUACGUACGUCUAUGAUUCUUCGGGUCAAUCCCUCUUGCAUCUCAAACUUAGAGAAAAGGGUGGGCAUGCAGCUUGAUCAAGCCACUUUAGAAGAUCUUUUGAUGCCCAAUUUCUCUUACUCCAUGGAGACACUUUACAAUGUUGAUUGUGUACAAAGGAUUCUUGAACACUUCCUUGCAGUGGAUCAGAUCGCUCACGGGGGUGCCUCUCCAUGUUCUAUUGAUGAUGAACAACUGAUAGGGUCACCCUCUUUGCCACCAAUUACCAUGGUCGCAAAGCUGAUAGAUGGAUACCUUGCAGAAGUUGCUCCUGAUGUCAAUUUGAAGCUUCCUAAGUUUCAAGCUCUUGCUGCUGCAGUUCCUGAUUACGCUAGACCUUUGGAUGAUGGUCUUUAUCGUGCCAUAGACAUAUAUCUGAAGUCACACCCAUGGUUGGGAGAAUCUGACAGAGAACAACUAUGUCGACUGAUGGACUGCCAGAAGCUUUCCUUAGAAGCUUGUACACAUGCUGCACAGAAUGAGAGGCUACCCCUCAGAAUUAUCGUUCAAGUACUCUUUUUCGAGCAGCUUCAGCUCAGGACCUCAAUUGCUGGCUGUUUUCUGGUUUCAGACAAUCUUGAUGGAUCCAGACAGUUGAGAAGUGGGGUUGUUGGAUCUAAUGAAGGAGGUUGGGGAACGGCUGUUAGAGAGAAUCAGGUUUUGAAGGUGGGGAUGGAUAACAUGAGGAUGCGAGUAUCCGAGCUCGAGAAGGAAUGCUCAAACAUGAGGCAAGAGAUUGAGAAAUUGGGGCGAACAAAGGGUUCAAGCGCAUGGGGAAAUGUGUCAAAGAAAUUUGGAUUCAAGUUGAAAUCUCAAAUGUGCAGUGCUCAAGAGGGUUCUGUCAGUAACCAAUAUAAUGGGAAUAGGAAAACAGAGAAGUUGAAGAACAGCCAAGGAAAGCAGAAGAGGACAGCUGCAAUUUCAAAUGAGUAGAAAGAUCUUUCUUUUACCACUUUGCUUCUUUAUUUGUUUCACAGUGUCCUUAUUUCUAGUGAUGUUGCUGCUUGUACUUCCUAAAGAAAAAUAGAAAAGACAAAAGAGGUACAUUGCUUGUCCCUAUCUUGCAUCUGUUUAUAUUAUUCAUUUUGUUACACAACCAUCCCAUCCAACCCAUUUAUUUGGGGAAAGACAAAUCUCAAUGUUGUAUGUUGGUAUUUAGUUUCAAAACACCUUGAGAAAUGAAUCUCUUCUAUAAUAACAGGAGGUAACAGGUGACGACAA